UACGUCUCCAGCGAGCCCUUCCAGCCUGCAAGAAGAUGUUCGGGAUUCAAGAUUCGAUGAUUCGGGCGUACAUGGUCUGGAUUGCUAUAAUUGUCUACUACGUCCAGCUUUCAGAGGCGCGACACAACCUUGAGCGGAGAGCGGGCGGGGGCCGAUUGGUUCAUUGUAUCAACUACCUCGAUUCACUUGGGAUUUCGAGUGUUAGAGUUGUAUGCACGGAUUAUCGACAGACCGAGUUUCAGUGUGAUCGAAGUAGGUGCAACUCCGGAUUGGGUCCAAAUAGCGACCCUGUAAAAAAUCCUUUUUCCAAGAUGGUCUUUCGCAAUUGCAAACCUCCUGAUUACACUGGCCCAGGGAAAACAGUCUCCAACAUAGUGUCCAUGCAGGUCGACGAUGGCAGAAUAGCGAUCCAGGCGGGUGAUAUAAACAAUCCCACCCUCGACUACUACGACUGUACGAUGGCGGAGAACCCUCUCAGGCCUUUCUGUCAGGGUUGCACACUUCUCAGAUAGCUUGUCCGGAUUCGACCAAGCGAGGGAUGAUGAUGGCCUGCAACGUAUCACAAUCCCGUUUUCAUAUCGUGCGGAUCGGCGGUCAUAUCUUGUCUACGGAAGCAAGCUUCCAACAAGAGUAAUUUCCUGUUCUUUUUCUGGCAAUGAAGAGCGAAAAAAAUCAAGAUAUCUUCCUGUUACAAUUGACGUAUUCGUCGUAGCUGCAGCCAAACAUUUCUACUUCCCAUAGUCUCUUUUUACAACAUUUCUUGUCUCUACAUAUCUUCCCAAUAAGAAUAAAACUUAUGAAUUUAAACAGAGGUUGAUUCAUG